AUCCAAGAAGGCAAAGUACCACUACCACAUCAAAACCAAGAAGUCAAGACUCAAGAACCAGCACGGCACCGCCGCCAGUCCGCUACAUGGAAGCCGCAGCCUCCGCCCUUCUCCUCCUUGGCCUCAGCGCCAGCCUCGCUCCCUUCGCCUCGGCCGCGGCUCCGUACGACCCGCCGACGGUGCCGGAGCUCAUGGACCAGUUAGGCCUCCCGCGCGCGCUGCUCCCGGAGACAGCCCGGCGGUACCUCCUACACGACGAUGGCACCUUUGAGCUCUUCCUCGACGACGGUUGCGUGGUAGAGGCGGGGGGCUACCGCGUCGGCUACGACAUCAAGCUCUCCGGCACCGUGUCCCCUGGGUCGGUCACGGGGCUCGAGGGCGUCCGCGUCCGCGUGCUGUUCGCCUGGGUGCCCAUCACCGGCGUCGAGGCGGCCGACGGAGAGGUCACUGUCCACAUCGGGCCAAUCAGGAAGUCGUUCCCCGCCGUUGGGUUCAAAUCCAGCCCCCGGUGCAUCAUCGGAUUGGCGGCGGCAGAUAUCUUGCCUCCUUUGGUAGAACAGUAGUCAGGCUGCCUGAUUUGUUAGGAUUUAGUCGAAAUUUGCGGUGUCAACAAGAUUAUAAUUUCCUUAUGCUUUUCUGUGGCAUGUUGUUUCUGAACCCUCACUAGUGUCUGCGAUAGCACACAAUUACACGAUUAUUGUAUUGUUUAGUGUGACUAUUUGUUUUCUAUCGAACAGAAAAACGAAGACUGUAACAUAUCGUAUGUUUUAUUUUUCUUUUGUUUUACCCAAACGGAAAUCAUGCACCCCAGUUUGCUGUAGACUUGUAGUUCAACAAGGGAGAUGUAAUUUUCAUCCACAACUGCGAUUUGGUGAGUUUGCUGCACCAAAGAUCAUGCACUGUCAUGUUGAACGCGGAAAUGGCAACUAAGGUUAUUGUGCAAAA